AUGGAGUCUCUCUACGCCAGGGCACAUGGAGGUGCAGCGGCAGCAGAUGCAUCCAACAGCACCACCACCACCACUACCUCGUCAACGGCACUGCCGACCAGCGGCAAGGCCUUCAAGGCCGAUCGUAGCGCCCACCGCAAUGUGGGUAUGUAUCUGCCGUGGUGGAUCAUCACCGGUGUCGUGGGCCUCCUGUGCAUCAUCUACCUCAUUUCCCUUCUGAGGGCCCGCAUGAUCCGUCGCCGGGUCUCGACCGCUCGUCGCAACAACACCAGCGGUGGCACCACCGGCACCAAGGUCACUGCUGCCGCCUACGCCAUGUACGCCAACUUCGCCCACGUCCGUGUCUUCCCCCUCUGGAUUUACAGCUUCACCAGUGCAUCGGAUAUCUUCUGGACCGCAGCGUACACUGGUAUCACCAUUGGUAUCACUUGGUGGGCGGCAGACUUCCGCGGCCAGACGGCCAACUGGAUGAAUCUUUUCGGUUACAUGUCGUUUGCCCAGAUGCCCUUUAUCGUCGGUCUCGCUUCCAAGAACAACGUCUUGUCGUUCAUCACGGGUAUCUCGUACGAAAAAUUCAACUUCCUCCACCGCGCUGCUGGACGCGUUGCCCUCCUCGGCGUCGCAGUCCAUGUCCUGGGCUGGGCCGAGAAGGGCGUGUCCGCUGCCCACGGCCCUGGCACCGAAAUGUUCGCCGCUGGUGUCCUUGCUGCCAUUGCUCUGUUCUUCAUGUACAUCACCUCGUUUGCGAUCGCCCGUCGCGUCAUGUACGAGGCGUUCCUCCUGAUCCACAUCAGCAUGGGCAUCAUCUACAUGGUCGGCUGCUACUUCCACUGGCCCGACUUCAAGAUCUGGAUCUGGGUGUCCAUGCUCCUGUGGGGUCUCGACCGCUUGACGUCGCUCGCUCGCCUCAUUGUCAUCAACCUUGCCUGGGUGAUCCCCUUCCGUCGCCACAAGGCCCAGUCGUGUACCGUCGAGGUUGUCGACUCUGAUGUCGUCCGCGUCACCUUCAAGCGCCCCAUUUUCCGCUGGAACGCCGGUCAGCACGCCAACAUUAUCAUGCCUGGCGUCGCCACUCUCCGCUACGAGCGCCACCCGUUCACCAUGGCCAACGAAGUCGACCCCAAGGGAGAGGGCAAGGUCGUCUUCCUCUGCCGUGCCCAGAGGGGAUUCACCCGCCGCCUCAUCAACCGUGCCGCCGACCAGACCGACAACACCAUCACCGCAUACCUCGAGGGACCGUACGGCACCGCACACGACAUGAACCACUUUGACACCGUUGUGCUGGUCGCAGGUGGAUCGGGUAUCACCUACGCCAUGGCCCACCUGUGUGCCAUCGUCAAGGCAAGUCGCGAGGGCACCACGGCCGUCAGCAACGUCCAGCUGGUGUGGAACGUCCGCCACGCCAGCUGUGCUGCUUGGAUUACGCCCAUCAUCAACGAGACGAUUGCCCGCGGAACCGGGUCGGUGCGCGUGACACUCGACAUUUACGUCACCAGCUCUGCACUGGCCGACGAGCCCGGAACCCACGCCAGCGAGAAGCCUGCCGAGACGCCCAUGGACACGCCCGGCGCCGAGUCUCCCUCCGACUCGGUCUCUGCCAGCUCGACCGACCUGACCGUCAUCAACGAGAAGAAGUCCUCCAAGGGCAUGAGCCACAAGCUGGCCCUCAGCGCCGGCUUCAACUCGCCCGCUGCCGAGCUAUCCAACUUCCACCGCGGCCGUAGCCACCUCGAGGGCAUUGUGCGCACCGCUGUGGACACGACUGCUCGUGAGGCCGCCGGCGUCGCCGUGGCCGUGUGUGGCCCCGACAGCCUGUCGAUCGACGCCCGCCGUGCCGUCUGCGAGGUCAACUCGGCGGCGGCCAUCCUCCGCGGCCAGGCGCCGAUCGAGUUCAUCUCAGAGGUGUUUGGCUGGUAA